AUGGGUGUGGAAGAUUUGAUGCUUCUAGCGUAUAGACACAGCCAUAAAUUUGGGGAAUGGUUUUGUUUUGAUGGGUUCUAUGUGGGUGGGGGGAAGUGCCAGGUGGUGAGCUCACAACCGUGCACAUCAUCGAUCCUGCAAUUCCAAAUGCUUGGAACCUUUUUGGUUUUAUCUACUCUUAUCCUCUUCGCAUUUGCAAAGAAGAGGACAACCAAAAAAGAAGGUAUCAAACAGAUUGAAGCUGCCUACAAUGUAGGAUCAGUGGGGCUCCAAUCCAAUAGUGAGAGCAAAAAUGACUGGAUAACAAGUGAAGAUCAUGAGGUUAAUGGGACUUCUUGGAAAACUGUCGAUCAGAGUGGCAUUACCUCUAAUGGAUCAAUCUCUGAUGAUGAUGACGAGAACUUGAUUGAAAUUGCCUUUCCAAACCAGACUGUAACCUUGACAGAAGAGCUGAAGCAACAGGGAAACAGAAAUGUGCCAACUUGGUUGCCAGAAUCCAUUUUUGAGCAACGAGGCCUAAUGGAUUUAUUACCAGACCUCAAUGAGGUGAAUGAGGAAGAAACAUUGAUUGAGAUUGACAUUUCAAAUGGCUCCAUCAAGUGUUAA